AUGCCCAUCAAGAACGCCCCCGUCAAGAAGGACAAGCUCACCGACGCCGAGAAGAAGAAAAUCAAGCAGGAUAACAAGGCCAAGGCUAACCCCGGCAAGGCCGCGGAUAAGAAGGCAAAGAACGACGCCAAGCGCGAGGGCCGAAAGGAAUCCGGCUCCCAGAAGACGUUCGCCUAA